UAGGCCAGAGGAGACUGGGGCGGAGCGGACAAUCAGAACUUCACCUCCCGCUCGGGUCCUCAGUUGAGGUCUGGAGCCUUGCCUGGGUCAGUUGUGUUGAGCUGCUCUCUGCUGACUGCACAUCAGCCUGAGCCCAGAUAACUCUUUUGUGCCAAGGUUUCUGUGAACUCUUUACCAGACUUAGCUGACCAGCGCACUCAUUUGCCGUCAUGUCUUUAGACUUAAAUGGACCAUCAGAACUGCUUUUCUAUGUGAAUGGCAGAAAGGUAAUGGAGAAGAAUGCAGAUCCUGAAACAAUGUUGUUACCAUAUUUGAGGAAGAAACUCCGUCUGACAGGGACAAAAUAUGGCUGUGGAGGAGGAGGCUGCGGAGCUUGCACGGUGAUGGUGUCAAGAUAUGACCCAGGGACUAAGAAGAUAAGACAUUAUUCGGCCAAUGCCUGCCUGCUUUCCAUAUGCUCUCUGUUUGGAGCUGCUGUCACCACAGUGGAAGGCAUAGGAAACACCAAAACCAGGAUUCAUCCAGUCCAGGAAAGAAUUGCCAAAUGCCAUGGGACUCAGUGCGGAUUCUGUAGUCCUGGAAUGGUGAUGUCUUUGUAUUCUCUUUUGAGAAAUAUUCCAAAACCCUCCAUGGAUCAGUUAAUGGAAGCUCUUGGAGGUAACUUGUGCCGUUGCACGGGAUAUCGCCCCAUAGUAGAUGCUUGCAAGACUUUCUGUGAAGCUACUGAUUGCUGUCAGAGUAAGGAAAAUGGCAACUGUUGCUUGGAUCAAGAAGAAAGUGAAUUGCUGGACUCUGAGCUAGGAAAUAGGACAUGUGAAAAACUCUUUCAAGAAGAGAAGUUUCUACCAUUGGAUCCAACCCAGGAAUUUAUAUUCCCUCCUGAACUAAUGAACAUGGCUGAGAAACAACCUAAAAGAACAAGGGUUUUCAAUGGGGAGCGAAUAACCUGGAUUUCUCCUGUAACACUAAGAGACCUUCUGGAAGUGAAAGCCAAGUAUCCAGAUGCACCAAUUGUCAUGGGAAACACCACUGUGGGACCUGAUAUGAAGUUCAAAGGGAUUUUUCACCCAGUUAUCAUAUCUCCUGAUGGAAUUGCAGAACUGAAUGCUGUAAAUUAUUUAGACAAUGGGUUGACAAUAGGUGCUGGUUGUAGCCUAGCCCAGUUGAAAGAUAUCCUGACUGAUGUGGUCUUGGAGCUUCCAGCAGAGAAGACUCAGACUUACGGGGCUCUUUUAAAGCAUCUGAGGACACUAGCUGGAUCACAGAUCAGAAAUGUGGCCUCUUUAGGGGGCAGCAUCAUCAGUAGACAUUCAACAUCAGAUCUGAAUCCCCUUCUGGCUGUGGGUAACUGUACCCUUAAUCUGGCUUCAAAAGAUGGAAAACGACAAAUUCCUUUAAAUGACCAAUUUCUUAUGAGGGCACGAAGUUCAGAUCUCAAACCAGAAGAAAUCUUGAUCUCAGUGAACAUCCCCUAUUCUAAGAAGUGGGAAUUUGUCUCAGCCUUUCGACAAGCUCCACGUCAACAAAAUGCCCCGGCAUUUGUUAUUUCUGGAAUGAGAGUCCUUUUUGAAGAAGAUACAAACAUCAUUAGAGACAUCUCUAUUUUCUAUGGAGGCACUGGUUCUACCACUGUCUGUGCUAAGAAACUUUGCCAGAAACUCACAGGAAGAGCCUGGAGUGAGGAGAUGCUGGGUGAAGCUUGUAGGUCAGUUCUAGAUGAAGUUUUCCUCCCAGCCUCAGCUCCAGGUGGAAUGGUGGAAUACAAAAGAUCCCUCAUUGUCAGCUUUCUUUUCAAAUUCUACUUAGAAGUGUUGCAGAAAUUGAAGAUGAUGAACCCUUCUCUUUGUCCUUGUUUACCAGCUGAGUAUGGAAGUGUUUUAGAAGAUUUCCAUUCCAAACAUUAUGAGACUGUUUUAAGAUACCAGAAGGUAGAGACAAAACAACUUCCUCAAGAUCCAAUCGGGCGUCCUAUCAUGCAUCAAUCUGGUAUUAAACAUGCAACUGGUGAAGCCAUUUACUGUGAUGACAUGCCUGCGCAUGACCAAGAACUUUUCUUGGCCUUUGUACCAAGUUCAAGAGCUCAUGCCAAGAUUGUGUCUAUUGAUACAUCAGAAGCCCUUAAACUACCAGGAGUAGUUGAUGUCCUGACAGGUAAAGAUCUUCAAGGCGUAAACUCCUUCCGUGAAUUUCCUAAAAAUGAGGAAAUAUUGGCAACUGAUGAGGUCUUUGGUGUGGGCCAGCUUGUGUGUGCCGUGAUUGCUGAUUCAGAUGUUAAAGCAAAGAGAGCCGCUCGUCUGGUGAAGAUUGAGUACAGUGAUUGUACACCCUUAAUCCUGACUGUUGAGGAUGCUAUACAGCACAACUCUUUCUUUAAGCCAGAAAGAAAAAUAGACUAUGGAAACGUUGAUGAAGCAUUUAAAACUGUUGACCAAAUCCUUGAAGGUGAGAUUCGUACCGGAGGCCAAGAACAUUUUUACGUGGAAACUCAAAGCAUGCUUGUUGUUCCACAUGGAGAGGACAAAGAAAUGGAUGUCUAUGUGUCAACACAAUAUCCCAAGUUUGUACAGGGCAUAGUAGCGUCUGUGUUAAAGGUUACAUCUAACAAGAUCAUGUGUCAUGUCAAAAGAGUUGGUGGAGCUUUUGGUGGAAAAACAUUAAAAACUGGUAUCAUGGCAGCUAUUACCGCAUUUGCAGCAAACAAAACUGGCUGUCCAGUCCGCUGCAUUCUGGAACGUGGAGAAGAUAUGUUAAUAACUGGAGGCCGUCAUCCUUACCUUGGGAAGUACAAAGUAGGAUUCAUGAAUGAUGGUAGAAUUAUGGCCCUGGAUGUUGUACAUUAUGCUAAUGCUGGCUUCACAUUGGAUGCAUCUCUACUUGUAACACAGUUUGGUCUCCUAAAGUUGGACAAUGCUUACAAGAUCCCAAACUUACGUUGUCGAGGCCUUGUUUGCAAAACUAAUCUUCCUUCUAGUACUGCUUUCCGUGGAUUUGGCUUUCCCCAAGCAGCACUGAUUACAGAAUCAUGCAUAACAAAAGUUGCAGCCCAAAGUGGUUUGCCACCAGAGAGGGUGAGAAUUAUAAAUAUGUACAAAGAAAUAGAUGAAACACACUACAAACAGAAGAUUAAUGCAAGCAACCUACUAAAAUGUUGGAAUGAAUGCAUGGCAAUGUCCUCAUACUAUGCAAGGAAAGCAAUGGUAGAAGAUUUUAACAGGAAGAAUUAUUGGAAAAAGAAAGGGAUUGCACUUAUUCCAUUGAAAUAUCCUAUUGGUCUUGGCUCACUUGCUGCUGGUCAGGCAGGUGCUCUAGUUCACAUCUAUCUGGAUGGAUCUGUGCUAGUGACUCAUUCUGGCAUUGAAAUGGGGCAGGGGGUUCACACCAAAAUGAUUCAGGUUGUCAGUCGUGAGUUAGGGAUGCCGAUGGCCAAUAUUCACUUGCGUGGAACAAGUACUGAGACGGUCCCUAAUACAAAUGUCUCAGCAGGAUCCGUGGUGGCAGAUCUUAAUGGCAUGGCAGUGAAGGAUGCUUGUCAAAUUCUUCGAAAACGUCUGGAACCCAUCAUUAGCAAAAACCCUCAUGGCACAUGGAAGGACUGGGCAACAGAAGCUUUUGAUCAAAGCAUUAGUCUUUCAGCAACUGGAUAUUUCAGGGGCUAUGAGUCUGACAUGGACUGGGAAAAAGGAGAAGGUCAGCCAUUUGCCUACUAUGUAUAUGGAGCUGCCUGUUCAGAAGUUGAAGUCGAUUGUCUGACAGGAGAUCAUAAGAACAUAAGAACAGACAUUGUCAUGGAUGUUGGUCACAGUAUCAAUCCAGCUAUUGAUAUAGGUCAAGUGGAAGGUGCGUUUAUUCAAGGUGUGGGUCUUUAUACAUUAGAGGAACUGAAAUACUCACCUGAAGGAAUCCUUUACACUCGGGGGCCAGAACAGUAUAAAAUUCCUUCCUUCUGUGAUGUUCCUACUGAGUUCAAUGUGUCCUUUUUGCCUGCUUCUGAAGUUGCACACACUAUAUAUUCAUCAAAGGGCCUGGGUGAGGCUUCAUUAUUCCUGGGAUCUUCUGUGUUUUUUGCCUUACAUGAUGCAAUACUUGCAGCUCGACAAGAAAGAGGAUUUUCUGGAGUUUUCACAUUGAAUAGUCCAUUGACUCCUGAGAAGAUUAGAAUGGCGUGUGAAGAUAAAUUUACAAAAAUGAUACCAAAGGAUGAACCUGGGUCGUUUGUUCCUUGGGACAUUCGCAUAUGAAUCAAUGAGAAACUUGGGGAGAAAAUGUGAUGGAGAUUUUGCUUAUAUCUGGAAACAAGGAAUUAAUCUCUCCAAUUUCUCUAUGCUUUAUGAUGGCAUAUCUAAAAACAUUAAUUUCCACAAUCCAUUAAGAGUUUGACAAAUAAAUACUUUUAACUCUGUUUUCAGGGACAUUCAACAACCACCCUCCCUCCUCAGAUUUUUACAGCUAUCCUUAUUAGUCAGUGAAGACCAAAUCAAAGGCACAGUUUCUAGCCUGUUUCCUUUAGAAUGUUUUUUCUUCCAUUGUAUCAUGAAAAUGUCAUGGGUAAAUUGCAUAUGAGUUCA